CAGUUUGCUACAAACAAAAUGUUAAAAAUAUUUAUUUUCACGCUAGCCCUUUGGGCUGGUGCCAGUUGCACAAAUGAUGACAGCUAUGGCAUAUUUAAUUAUAUUUUAUCUGGCUCCGAAGAUGCUAAAAUAUUAUUUGCACCACUAAGAAAUCCUACCGGGCCACCAGAACCUCCUCCAAGCGAAGAUCCCGAGCCACCAAGCCAUCCAACUGGACCACCAGAACCUCCCCCAAGCGAAGGACCCGAACCAACAGGACCUCCCCCACUAAGAAAUCCUACCGGGCAACCAGAACCUCCUCCAAGCGACGAUCCCGAACCACCAAGCCACCCCACUGGACCACCAGAACCUCCACCAAGCGAAGGACCUGAACCAACAGGGCCUCCCCCACUAAAAAAUCGUACCAAACAACCUGAACCUCCUCCAAGCGACGAUCCCGAACCACCAAGCCACCCCACUGGACCACCAGAACCUCCACCAAGCGAAGUACCCGAACCAACAGGGCCUCCUCCACUAAGAAAUCGUACCGGACAACCAGAACCUCCUCCAAGCGACGAUCCCCAACCACCAAGCCACCCCACUGGACCACCAGAACCUCCACCAAGCGAAGGACCUGAACCAACAAGGCCUCCUCCACUAAGAAAUCCUACCGGCAACCAGAACCUCCUCCAAGCGACGAUCCCGAACCACCAAGCCACCCCACUGGACCACCAGAACCUCCACCAAGCGAAAACCUCCUCCAAGCGACGAUCCCGAACCACCAAGCCACCCACUGGACCACCAGAACCUCCACCAAGCGAAGGACCUGAACCAACAGGGCCUCCCCCACUAAAAAAUCGUACCGGACAACCUGAACCUCCUCCAAGCGACGAUCCCGAACCACCAAGUCACCCUACUGGACCACCAGAACCUCCCCCAAGCGAAGACCUGAACCAACAGGACCUCCUCCACUAA